CGUUUUAUAUUGAGAACAAAACCGGGGAGUGUUGCUUGAUCGUGCCGGGAUCCAGUAACAGUUGGUAGGAGUGAAAACCAGACCGGAGUGGCCUUUCCGCUUCGGUACCGCCAACGCCUAGUGUUUUAUUCGACGCACUAACCAGUGCUUGAUUAUUAGUGAAAGAAUUUGAACCCUUCAUGUGGGAGAGGAGAGAUGAAAAUGAAGAGCUCAUUUCACUUUGGUAAAAAUGCACGACGACUUCGGAGGUCGCCCUAAUAGUCGCGUGAAAUCCGUUUGACGACCCCUUACAGACCCCGUUAACGAGUGGAAGUCAUACGAGUACGCUUCCGUGUCUUUUCCAUCCUUCAUUCCUCUGUACUACUCCAACAGUUAAAUAUGAAACUUUGUUAUUCGCCUGACGAAAUAACGGCCACCAAGGGAGAUCUCAUCGAAUUUCGGCGCUGUCAUUUUUUUCGAAUGUUGACUUAUUAUCACUUUGCCGUCUACACUGACGAUUGUGAAGCUAAUCAGAUCCAAACCAAUCAACCCGUCGGUGACAGAUACACCGUAGGCGUCGAUUCUCCGCGGUUAUUUUUCUUCACUCGAAUUGUAGAGAAGACUGUAAGAAACCUGUGUAACGUACACGGUUGUCGAGUCAACAACCUGGAAGAGGCUGCUGAAGAAAGAGGAUUGCGGCCAUUCAGACCUGACGUGAUUGUUGAAAGGGCACGGGAAUUUCUCAGGGAAGAUCGUUUGAUAUUUUAUCAUGUGCUCACCCAAAAUUGCGAACAUUUUGCUACCAAGUGUCGAUAUGGGGAAGCUUUUAGUCUCCAAGUGAGUGAUUGUUGUCCGGCACCUUUCACGUUUGUUUUUAGGUUGUGUUCAGCUGUUCGUGAUGUCUGCUACUCACGAAGACGCCCAGAAGUUUAUAUACUGGGUCGAACGAUUGAUGAAGUCAGACAGAAUGAAGAAAAUAUGAUUGACAUUUGACGAAUUGCUGAGACAAUGUAUUAGAAACACGCAAACGUUAAAAAUAAAUAGGAACGAAAUAUAGA